AAAAAAAUCGCGCGUGCUCGGAGAUCGUACCCGUAGUUCCCAGAGUGAGAUCGCAGCCACGUAGCCACCGUAGACCGCUGCCGAAUCGACAAGAUGCAAGAUGGACUCAUCUCACGUACCGGUGCAUCGAUCUACAAUGGCACGUUUACCGGUGGCGUUGGCAACGGUGCGGGAAACUACAACAACGGGAUAGGCGCCCCUGGAGGACAACACUUUUCCCCAAGCAAAUGUUUCAACCCCUCCCGACAACAGCCCCCCUCACCGGGACACACGGCCAGUCGGGCGACUGACAAGUUCAAACUUUGCGGUUACGAUGGCAACGUUGGCACGGGUAGCGGGCAAAUGGGCUCAAUGAUUGACGAGAAUGGGUCGAUAAUGACGGGUUCCGGCAACGGACCGACGACGAAGGCGGACAUUUUUGGAGUGCUAGAAUUUUGGCUAAAGUUGCGACACGAUCUGCGAACGCUUCCCUGGGAACAGCUAAAGACAGUCAAGCUGAAAAACCCUCGUGCCGCCCCCGGUUGUGCAUACAUUCCGACGCAUGUUGAACAUAUUGCAAACGUGCUAACACACGGCCUGUGGGUACUGCCUUCGAUCUAUGCUGGAUUCCACCUGUACUUCCGUAGCUAUUCAGCCGCCCAAACACUCGCGGCCGUCAUAUAUGGACUCGCCCUGUCAAUGCUUUUCCUCGUUUCAACCUGCUAUCAUGUGUGCGUGUGCUAUUGCCAUCACAACCGCCCCCUAAAAAAUGUGCUGCAUCGGUGCGAUCGUGCCAUGAUCUACAUCUUCAUAGCCGGUUCCUACUACCCAUGGCUCAGCCUGGGCCACACCAGCCACCCGCAGAUCGUUUCCGUCGUGAAGUGGACCAUUUGGUUGAUGGCCGCACUUGGUAUCAUCUAUCAGCAGAUGUACCACGAACGGUACAAGUGCCUGGAAACGUUCUUUUACGUUGUGAUCGGUGUCGGUCCGUCGCUACUAAUCGUGCUUUGGGGUCACGAGUUCACCGGAAUGGCAGAGCUGAAAAUCGGAGGUAUUCUCUACAUCGUCGGAAUAGGGUUUUUUAAAUCUGAUGGCCUUUUCCCGUUUGCCCAUGCGAUCUGGCACCUGUUCGUGGUGACCGCCGCGUGUGUACAUUAUUUCGCGAUCAUGACUCACCUGUUCCCAGUGCCGCUAGUGAUCGUCGAUAUGGCCGACAGCUUGAUGGUAGGUGGUUGAACGGUCAUCCCUGUGUCUCAAAGGGGACGGUAUUGUUUUGGUAAAUUGAAGCGACUUCUGCCUGACUUGUUUCUUUCAAGUGAACGAAACGGUAAUUUAUUUCGCUUCUCGUUAGGUAUAACGUUUUGUUCUAUUUGUGCAGUAGGGUUCCUUCUCUAUUUGUUACAAUCUUUUUGUCGCGACAUCAAACAUUACGUUAGAACGAUUUUGGUGAUCGUGUUCGAAACGAUGGACGAAUGUGUCAUAGAUGCUAUCUAUAACGAGCGGUGCUGAGCUGGAUCUCGAAACCAAACCGAUCUUUGAUCAUACGUACAAAUUUUGCUCAAGUUUUCAUUCGUUUCGAAAACCAUGGUUAGGUUUGCAAAAUACUCAAACGAUGAAUAUCGUUUCACUAUAAAUCUUUGUGUUCAAGUUACACUGUCCAGUCUCCAACCUGUGUUAGCGUAUGUCGGAGGAUAAUGCACUUCAUCCGCACUUUUGUGAUAUGUAAAACGACGAAAAAAGCGAGAUGUCAUUUAGUAUACGUUAUUGAAAAAGAAAAACAUUCGGUUGUGGUUAUGUGCAGUUUCGUUCUGUGGUUUAGUUCCAUGUUCCUGGCAGAAUAGAGAGCUGUUUGCCUGUACCUUUGUAGCGUAAGGUUAGUUUAGUAGAUAAUCAUUAGUAUGGCAAAAGGGAUUGGAAGUACAGUAGAAAGGUUUGGGGCAACGCUUGUGUAAGUUAGCCACUGGCGAUCAUCAACGUCAGAUCACUGGCAAUUACUCGAAACACUAAAUGCAGCUUUUCGAUCUUCUAUCGAAUAAUUCUACGAAUAUUUACACUGAAAUUGAAAUAUCGCAAGUGGAAACACGCAACCGCUAAAACAAAUGCAUCGUAACAAACGGCCCAUUCGAGGUGAUUUGUUCCAUUAACUAUCGACACCAUUGGUCUUCUUGAUGGACACACACACCAGUGAAGAAAACAUUGUAUGCAUCUUUGAAUAUUGUUGGAUAUUCUAUCGGAUAUUCUAUUGGAUAUUCUAUGCAUGUGAAAACCAUGAAUUGCGGUGUAAUAGACGUUCAUGUCCAUAUCUUGGCAGAACAACGACAAGUCUGAAUAACGAUAGGAUGGGGGGGACUGCGCCAAUGACAAACAUGACAGACAAGCAUUAGAAACCGUCUACUAUCGCGUAGAACAGAAAUAGACAAAAACGCAACAUAGUGAUAUUCUCGAAUGUUUGAAAUACUCUCAACUAGAACCCACCAACGAAACUAUGGAAUCCAUUUGCUCACUAUCAUUUUCUCUAUCGGAAAUGUGCGUAUUUUUCACUCUUUCUAACUUUCUUACGGGAACGAUCGAAAACGGGGUAACAAGUAUUUAAUAGUAAACAAAAGUUUUACCAAAGUGUCUACAAGAAUAGGCAACGUCGUCGUUUAAGUGCACCUAUAAGGAUUGCCACCAUUAGGUAAAAACAUAAUAGUAAAACAAUAGAUCUAAAACACAACAUACCCACCCUACGAUUGAAGAUGACGACGGAUAUGUUCUCAAAUUAUGUGAACUUUAGAAACUGAACAAGAUUGAUAUUUAUCCAAAUGCCAAAUGUGAGUACCAAGUGUUAUUAAAUAAAACAGCAUAUAUUCUCAUUUUCUCAACGGUAUUCCGCACCGCUCACUUUCAACUUAAAGUUCACAAUUAAAGUGCAGUUGCACGUAACGUGCAGAUAGUUGCAAUAGACCAAUUCCACAUAAUGUUACAGUUACAAGCACUUAUCGAUCGAGGAACGGAGCCAAACAGAGCUGGGUAUGGCUGAUAUUGCCGAGAGUGGAGUUGAAAUACAAAG